UAGAUAUAUCAUCUAAAUUUGAUAGCGAGCUUUCUGAGUCUUUACAUGAGGAGGUUUCUGCUUCAAACGACGGUGUAAGAGUGAUAAAGUCAGCGGCUUUUGAACUGUCAGUGAAAGAUUCUUCUUCUGAGUGCUGUCCUCAUUUACUGCAGGAAAUUCAUGAACUUAAAGAGACUCUUGAAAAGCGUCUAAUAGAGUGGGAAGCAGCGGUAGAUCGUGCUGCUGACAUGGAGACUAGGUUGAAUGAGUUUUCAGUUGAAUGUAGAUGCAGAAAAUCGCGAGUCGACGUAUCAUGCAAUACAGUGAAUAAUUAUGUAGCUGAGAUAGAUUUACCUAAAAUUGUUUCUGUCAAUGAAAAUGUUUCAACCCUAAAAGAAAAAAUUAAAAAUCACAAGUUAGAAAUUGAAGGUUUGAGUGAUCAAAUAAAGAAAAUUAUGACUACGAUAGAAACUCUGGAAGCUGAUAAUCUCUGUCUACGGAACACAAUAACGGAAAAUGCUUCUGCGGCAUCAAGACUAACUUGGUCCAACCCUAAUGUCAAAUCGACUUCGAAUAUGACAUAUGCUUCAGUAACUAAACAAAAUAAAGUAAUUAAAGGUAAUACUGUAAGUUAUUCACGUUAUAGUGUUUAUUUGUGGGCUGAUAGUCAGGGUAGAAAAAUGAGAGAUUUAAUAUGGGAGAGACUGCCGGUUGGCUACUCAUGUGAGGCUUACGUUGCGCCAGGAGCAACUUUCGAAAUAAUUUCGAAUGAAAUGCUUUCUUGUAGUAGACGUCAUAAUCUGGGUCUGAAUGAUUGGGUGUUUGUUAUAGCGGGUACAAAUAGUGUGUCGAACAAUUUCAAAAAAAGCGAUAUUGAAGCUUACAUUAUAAAGUUGAGUUAUUUAGCAAAUGAAUAUGGAAAUUGUAAUUUGAUAUUGUCAACUGUUCCUUACAGGUAUGAUUUAAGUUUCAAUUCAACUGAGAAUGAAAUGAUUGAUGCGCUAAAUAGUGAAAUUCGUUCCUUGUGUCAUAGGAAUAGCAUUCAUCUAAUUGAUAUAUGGUAUCUUGAACCUUCCAACUACACAAAGCAUGGUUUGCACCUGAAUAAAAAAGAACAAACCGAGCACGGGGUGGGUCAGCUAUUUUUGUUCUUGAUCAACUGGAAUUCAGGGCUCUUGAUCAUAUUAGAGACAUGUCAAUCGAAAUGGUAUGCGAAGUUUCAGCAAUUGAACUUGUCAGGGAUAAAAUAAUAAUUUUGUCAGUUUAUAGACCCUACAAUAGAAGUAUAAGUUUUUUUAAUGAAUUCUUAACGUGUUUUUAUAAUGUAUUAAGUGCUGUUUUUAAAAAUGGUUACAGUUUGAUCAUAU